AAGUCUAGUCUCCCGAAUAUACUUGCAAAGUAUAACAAAAAUGUACUUGCUUCUUGCCUUGCUUGUUUUUACUGGGAGGCUAGAAGCACAAGAGUUGGCCACUUCAGGUCAUACUGCAAACACCAAUUACACCAUUAUGAAGGCUGGAAAGUUUACAAAGCCAGGAUGCCCAACCCAAUGCGGAAACUUGACAAUACCAUAUCCGUUUGGGAUUAACUCUAAAGGCUCCGGCUGUUCCAGAGAUUACUUGUUUGAGAUCACCUGCAACCAUUCUACCAACCCUCCCAAGGCCUUCGUACAAGAUGGUAACAUUCAGAUUUUUGAUAUAUCAGACAGCGAGCUGCGUGUUAGUAAUUUUGUGGCUAAAUAUUGCUAUGAUCAAGGCUCUCUUGACAGUUGGAAUUCUGCAUCAUUUGAUUUAAGUGAUACUCCAUACACGUUUUCUGACGCCAAUGUGUUCACCGUUGUUGGUUGUGAUGACCGUGGAAGCAUCUACCAGGCUAGAGAUGAUUAUCUCCCUAAAGGAUGCAUAACCACAUGCCACAAUGCGGAGGAAGUUCGUGAAGGCGAGUGUUUAGGCACAGGCUGCUGCCAAGUAUCCAUUAAGGUUCUCAAGUACUAUGAUAUCUACCUUGACAGCUAUAACAACCAUACAAACAGCACCUCGUCUUUUGAUUCGUGCGGCUAUGCAUUUUUGGCUGAAAAAAACAAGUUCAACUUCGGUGGUCUUUCAGAUCUUAAUGAUACAUCCUUCAAAAAUAAGACCAAGGCUACUGUCCCUGUAGUACUUGACUGGGUGAUUGGUGACAAUAAAACUUGUGCUCAAGCAAGGCAAGAUUCUAGCUCUUACGCUUGCAGAUAUAACAAUAGCCAUUGCAGUGAAGCAGGUACGCGUUUUGGUGGUUACCGAUGUAGCUGUAAUAAAGGUUACGAGGGUAAUCCAUAUCUCCGCCCAGGAUGCCAAGAUAUAAAUGAAUGUGCAGAUCCAAAAAACGAUUGUACGAUGACUUGCAAUAAUACUCCAGGUAAUUAUACAUGUUCUUGUCCACAUGGUUAUGACGGCGAUGGCAGGAAAAGCGGCAGCGGUUGCGUUGUUAGAAGUUCCAAAUUCCCCAUGCUCAAGUUCUUCUUAGGUAUGACAAUCGGUUUCACCUCCUUAAUCGUUGCAAUAAAUGGGCUCUACUGCUCCAUUAAGAAAAGAAAACACACCCAGCUCAGGGAAAAGUUUUUCCACCAAAACGGCGGUCUCCUGUUGAAACAGCAAAGCAUUUUGAAGGAAGGCAGUGCUGUUGAGUCGACUAAACUUUUCACUGAUGCAGAACUGAAAAAAGCCACCAACAAUUAUGCCGCUGAAAGGAUCCUUGGCCAGGGUGGUUCUGGUGUAGUGUUCAAAGGAAUUUUGCCUGAUCAACGUGUAGUUGCUAUUAAGAGGUCGAAAGUAAUGGAGAAGAGUCAAAUUCAUCAAUUUAUCAAUGAGAUGAUGAUUCUUAUGCAAGUUAACCACAGAAAUGUAGUCAAACUUCUGGGCUGUUGUUUAGAGUGUGAAGUACCUCUACUGGUUUAUGAGUUUGUCUCAAAUGGUUCCUUAUUCGAUCAUGUCCACAGUAUAGAAGGAGGCAUGUCGUGGUUGUCUUGGGAGAACCGGUUGAGAAUUGCUGCUGAAUCAUCUGGCGCCCUUGCAUAUCUACACUCUGCAGCUUCCAUGCCCGUCAUUCAUAGAGAUGUCAAGUUAGCCAACAUUUUACUGGACGAUCAUCAUGUGGCCAAAAUAUCAGAUUUCGGAGCAUCAAGGCUUGUACCCUUGGACAAAAACCAAGUGACUACUUUAGUCCAGGGGACCUUGGGGUACUUAGACCCUGAAUACUUCCACACAGGCCAGCUGACCGACAAAAGUGAUGUUUACAGUUUUGGAGUGGUUCUCGCUGAGCUUUUAACAGGGAGAAAACCAAUUUGCAUGGAGAGAUCCCCCAAAGACGUACAUCUAGCUACAUACUUCAUCACCUCUUUGAAUGAAAAUCGCAUUUUUCAAAUUCUUGAGCCUCGAGUGGUAAAAGAAGGGACAAUAGACCAACUUGAAGCAGCUGCACAACUUGUGAAGAGGUGCCUUAGCCUUAUUGGUGAAGAAAGACCUACAAUGAAGGAAGUUACAAUGAAACUAGAAGGUUUAAGAAAUUUUACUAAACAUCCUUGGGCUAAUCAGGAUUGCUAUGAAGAAAAUGAAAGCUUGGCAAGUACUGCCGAAGCUCCAUAUUCAGAUUUGUAUGGAAUCCAGUUAAGCUCUUACAACAAUACUGUUCAUGACUUGGAACAAUAUAGCUCGGGAACUGCUAGUUUGUUGCUCCCAUCAAGCAGCCCGCGUUGAGACCUCAUUGAGAUAGAUAGAUCAAUGAUCAUGAUUUAUAUAUGCAUUAGUAUUAUAUACAAUAAGCACACAAGAUGCAUUUAUAUUAUAUUUUCUAUCUCUGGUAGGAUUCGGCACCAAUCGUGUAUGAAUAAUGUUGUUCCAGUUUUUAGCGGGUUUCAGGUGCACAGUUUAGACAGUUGGUUUAAGAAGUUCAGAAAGUAGUGAUGUAGCGGAGUGUUUGUAGCUCUGUCGUUGUAUCUUAAACUCGAGUUUAUCACAUGGGUUGCACAAGAUUUUGAUCUUUAAAAUUAUUUUAAUAAAUUCAGUAGCGGAUG